GGAGGUGGGAGAAGGGAGCGGGGCCCAUCCUCCGUUCGCCUUUUGCCGGUACUCCUGGGAGGGGGCCUGAGCCGGCGAGCUUGAGUCGCCUGUUGUCUGCCUGCGCGUCAUUCCUGGCGGCCGCUCAGUGCAGGCGAAGCCUCACGGCAGCCCGGGGCAGCACUUCCCCUUACCGGGACGGGACGGCGGCGGCGGCGAUGGGGAGGCGGUCGGGGCACUUUGUGGACUUACGGCUGAAGCAGCGCGUUAAGCAGUAUCUUGCAAGUAGUAAAUGUGGGCAGUAUGUUGACACUGGAAUUCUAGCAUCUGAUUUGCAGAAAGCCUACAGUGCAGACUAUGGACGAAGAAAAAGAAACGCUUUUAGAAUACAAGUUGAAAAAGUGUUUGGAAUAAUCAGUAAUGAAAAGGAGUGUGAAGAUUUAGCCAUUUUAGAAGCUGAACAUGCAUCAAAAAGAGCAAGACAAGAGAAAAAUGAGGCUGCAUCAAGUGCCACAGAUGACUCUGAUUAUGAUGAUUAUCCAGAAGAUCUAUCUACAAAUCACAUGAACAGUUCCCUUCUAAGCUUAUACAAGAAAGGAAAUUCUGAUUCUGUUCCAAGCACUCCAAAAAAUGAACCCCUGGAAACCGCCCCUCCUGUGCGCACAAUGCCUCAAAGAAGCGCCCUCUCUUCAGGAACAGGAGCUGAAGGGCAUGGGUUCAUCGACAAAACUCCAUGUGGAAAAGACUUUUUCAUUGACCUUUCUGAGGAUGGAGAAGGAGAUAAAAAGAAACUAACUUCUGAGAAAUCAACAGAAAUUUCUGUUUUGGAGGAUGAAAGAAAGAAGACAAAGGCUAAGAGAGCAAAAAGAAAAAAGGGAGAAUUUCUGGAUCUAGAUGGAGAAAUUGAUUCAAUCUUAUUUGAAGAGAAGGUUAGAAGGAAGGUACCAGAGCUUUACCACCCUUCAGUGAAGUUUGAGGAUGUAGGAGGCAAUGAUGAAACUUUAAAGGAAAUAUGCAAGAUGCUCAUUCAUGUCCGUCAUCCUGAAGUCUAUAACCACUUAGGUGUGGUUGCGCCUCGGGGUUUUCUUCUGCAUGGACCACCAGGAUGUGGAAAGACACUACUUGCACAGGCAAUUGCUGGGGAGCUUGAGCUCCCGAUGCUGAAGGUGGCAGCAACAGAGAUGGUGUCUGGAGUGUCAGGGGAAUCUGAGCAGAAACUGAGAGAAUUGUUUGAGCAGGCUAUGUCCAGUGCACCAUGUGUCCUUUUCAUUGAUGAGAUUGAUGCAAUCACCCCAAAAAGAGAAGUUGCAUCAAAGGACAUGGAGCGAAGAAUUGUGGCUCAGUUCCUAACUUGCAUGGAUGACUUGAAUAAUGUGGCUACCCAGGUCCUUGUUAUUGGAGCAACUAACAGGCCUGACUCACUGGACCCUGCCCUGAGGAGAGCUGGGAGGUUUGAUCGAGAAAUUUGUUUAGGGAUCCCAGAUGAAGCAGCAAGAGAAAAAAUUCUUCGAACUCUGUGUCGAAAACUCAAGCUCCCAGAGUCCUUUGAGUUUCAUCAUUUAGCACGGCUGACUCCAGGUUAUGUAGGUGCUGAUCUGAUGGCUCUUUGUCGUGAGGCAGCUAUGUGCACUGUGAACAGAGUCCUGGUAAAAGCAGAGGAGCAGGAAAGGAAACCUGAACAUGCUGAAGGAAACACAGCUGACGAUGGCGUGGGAGUAGGAACAGACAUCCUGAUGGAAGAAGAAAGAACCAAAGAACUAGAACUUUCUUCUAAGGAUGAAUUGCAGAGACUUCUGAGUUUGCUGAAGAAGCAAGACCCCUUGCCUGAGGAGCAGCUGCAGAAGUUGUGCAUUGAGAUGAAUGAUUUUAUUGUUGCAUUGUCAUCAGUGCAACCCUCUGCCAAGAGAGAAGGUUUUGUCACAAUUCCUGAUGUAACAUGGGCAGAUAUUGGAGCCUUGGAGGAUGUCCGGGAGGAGCUGACAAUAGCAAUAUUGGCACCUGUGCGUAACCCAGAGCAAUUUAAAGCUCUAGGCCUGUCUUCUCCAGCUGGUGUCCUGCUUGCAGGGCCUCCUGGGUGUGGCAAAACUCUGUUAGCUAAGGCUGUGGCAAAUGAGUCUGGACUGAACUUCAUAUCUGUGAAAGGUCCUGAACUGCUAAAUAUGUAUGUUGGUGAAAGUGAACGUGCUGUACGCCAGGUAUUCCAGCGUGCCAGGAAUUCAGCCCCCUGUGUUAUUUUUUUUGAUGAAGUUGAUGCUUUGUGCCCUCGGAGGUCUGACCAUGAAUCAGGAGUCAGUGUUCGAGUAGUUAACCAGUUACUCACAGAGAUGGAUGGUCUGGAGAAUCGUCAGCAAGUUUUCAUUAUGGCAGCCACAAACAGGCCAGAUAUAAUUGACCCAGCUAUCCUGCGUCCUGGUAGACUGGAUAAAACACUCUAUGUGGGGUUGCCACCACCAAAAGAUCGACUUGCUAUUUUAAAGACCAUCACCAAAGAUGGUACACAGCCUCCACUAGGUACUGAUGUAAGCCUUGAAGAAAUUGCUUACAGUCAAUGUUGUGACUGUUACACAGGGGCAGACCUUUCUGCUCUAGUGCGUGAGGCUUCAAUUUGUGCCUUAAGACAGGAAAUGGCCCUGCCAGAUACUCAGAGGAAGAAAGGGAAAAUCAAGAUUUUCCAUAAACACUUUGAAGAGGCUUUUAGGAGAGUGAAAUCUUCAGUAUCCAAAAAGGAUCAAAUCAUGUAUGAAGAACUGCGUCAGUCACUGUGUUCGUGAUACAUUUGGACAAUUUCCAAAAGAAACUUAACUCUACAUUGGUGGAGAGUUUUGUAAUAAUUGUUCCUGCUUUCAAGAGACAGAUUGGAAGAAAGCUAUACUAAAUAUCUCUCAGCGUUUUAAUCUCUACCUGCAAAAAGGACAUCAUAACCUACUGCUCUAAAAUCAUCGUUAACUAUUUCCAGAAUAAAAGAUACCAUCUAAGUUUCCUGCUUAUCAUCAUUUACUUU